AUGUCAAGCGACGACGAAGAUACACGCCCUUCUUCGGACGAAAUGGACGAGAAGAGGCAGUUCAACAUGGCCUACCUCUACCUGUGUCACCUGGAAGAGACGCGGCUCUGGUUGUCCUCGUGCAUCGAGGAAGAGCUGCCGUCGGCGACGCGACUCGAGGAGGCCCUCAGGAACGGCGUCUACCUGGCGCGGCUGUCACACUUCUUCGCGCCCGACGAGGUGCCGCUGCGCAAGAUCUACGACUUGGACCAGAACGUUCACCGGGAGCGCGGCCUGUGCUUCCGCCACACGGACAACAUCAACCACUGGCUGACCGCGAUGCGUGCCAUCGGCUUUCCCGAGCACUUCUUGCCGGACCCGAUCGACCUGUACGAGAGGAAGAACCUGCCCAAGGUCAUCUACUGCCUGCACGCGCUCAGCCUGUACCUGUUCAAGUUGGGCAGGGCGCCCAGGAUCGAGAAGCUGACGGGCAAGCUGCACUUCUCGGACGAAGAGGUUGAACAGGUCCGGCGCAGCCUGGUGCUCAAUGCCGAGGUGUCCAUGCCGGCGUUCGGCCUCAUUGACGGCAUCCUCGCCAAGGAGACGAGCGCCGACUCCUCAGCCGUGAUCGCCAUCAACACGGCCAUCGACAAGGGCGAGGUGGAUCUGCUCCUCGAGACCCUCUCUGCACCCACCGCGCAGUUGACAGACGUGCGACCGGAGAACAUUCACAGAUACCGCGAGGUUCUUGAGCGUGCCAAGGCUUCCAAGUUGAGGCAGCGUUCCAUGCGGCGUCUCGAAGGCGGCGAGCAAGACUACGAGGACAUGUACGAGCGCCUUCUGAGCCUGGCCGAGGUUCAGGGCUACGUUAUCGAGACGAACGUCAACGUGCUGCUGGCGCAGAUCGAUGCCGCCGUGGACAGCGGCGACGUGGUGCUGUUCCGAGAGCUCUUACUCACCAGGAAGGACCUGGGAGUCCACGACAUCGUCGAGGACAAUGUGUCCGCAUACUUUCAGGUCCUCAGAAAAGUAAAGGAGGACGCCCGGGAGAACAACAGCCCUUUCACGCUGUCCCGCAGUGACCUUCAGGUUGCCGUCCAGCUGGCCAAUGAAAAGGUCGAAGAGGAGACUCGACUCGAGGGAGCCAUCGAGGCCGUUAACAUGUCCCUCGACUGCGGCUGCGCCGACGACACCCUGGAGGCCCUGCGCGACCCCGCGGCCCAGCUACCGGCAGUGUACCCACUGGCCGCGUCGCUCUAUCACAACCAGUUCGCCUUCAUACGGCGCGAGGCGGGCCACAACCUGAGUCACCAGGAACUCAUCGGGGGCAUCCGCAUCCUCAACGCCAUUGCAGAGCUCAACUUCGCCCUGAAGGCGGGCGCCAGCUUCGACUCGGCCGCCUGCCUCGAGAACCCGCACGCGCACAUCGCCGACCUCCGGCCCCAGUGCCACGACCGGUACUUGGCGGCGCUCAGGGAGGCGCUCCGAGACCGCCCCGAUGACGACUGCUUCUUGACGCAUACCGAGAUCCAGGACACAGUGAACGAGGUGAACGCGGCCGAGGACGGCGAGGCCGACCGCGAGGAGGCCCUGGAGAGGGUCAACGACGCCGUCGCGAUGGGCACUCCGCAGGCAACCCUGGAAGCUCUGCUGGCGCCCUCCCUGGGCAUUCAGCACCUGAGUCGUGACCACGUGCUCCUGUACCAGGACUUACUGGAGGUUAAGCAGAGGUCGCUGGACGAUGAGAAGCCUCUGGGCGUCGAAGACAUUCAGACGGUCAUCGACACUGCGAACCAGGUGGCCGUGGAGGCCAGCAACAUGUGCAUCGGCCUGGCCACUCUCAACGUGGGCGUCUGCAACCAGAGCACGGAGGACGUCCGCGGAGGUCUGGAGAGCCUGCGGGUGGUUCCCCUGUUCUGCAGUGGCAGCGACAGCGCGGCCACUGCGGAGGCGUACCUGCGCGAGCUUCGCGUCGUGUUCCUCGAGAAGCGGGCCCCAUUCGCCUUCACGCCCAUCGAGUGGUUCUCCUACCUGGUGCGGCCGGGCCUCUUUUUCAACCUCAACGUGGUCCAGUUCCGGAGCGAGUGGGCGUCCACGCCCAAGGCCGACCACACGUCCUUCCUCUCGCUGGACGACGUCCGGGACGUGGUGCUGAGAGUGAACGAGCACCUGGAGGAGGCCCGCAUCGUGGCGCAACUGUCUCCGCUGGUCGUCCGAUUGCAGGCGCGCGCUCGUGGCUUUCUCAUUCGAAGGGCGGUGCGAGACCAGUACUCCUUCUACUGCCAGAACAUAGACGCCAUCGUGCGCCUGCAGUCGUGGUUCCGGGCGGUGAGGCAGCGGCGUCGCUAUCGCCGCAUGCUGUACGAGCUCGAGGCCCUGGUGCCGUUCGUCGUGCGACUGCAGUGCUACGCCAGAGGGUUUCUGGCCAGGAGGAAAGUCCUGGAGCUCCACGAGUACUACAAGGACCGGGAGGAUGUGGUGACGUUCGUGCAGACCCGGUACCGGAGCCAUCGUGCCCUGCGCGACUACCAGAGGCUGACCAGGCAGGCGCCCACGGUGCCCGUGCUCCAGCGGUUCCUGCACAUGCUGGACAUCAGCGAGCACGACCUGUCCGAGGAGAUGGAGCUGCAGAAGCUCAAGGAGAAAGUGGUCGCCACCAUUCGCCACAACCAGGGCCUCGAGAAGGAGGUCUUUCAGAUGGACAUCCGCAUCGGCCUCCUCGUCCGCAACUGCAUCACCCUCGAAGACGUGAUGAGCCACCGGGCCAAGAAGAAGGACACCGCGCUCGCCGCCGUCAAGUCUGACUGGCUGCACAGCUCGGGUGGAGGCCUGACGGCGCUCAGUCGCCGAAGCAGGCAGAGGCUGGAGGCUUACCAGCACCUCUUCUACAUGCUCCAGGUUGAUCCCCACUAUCUGGCCAAGCUGAUAUUUGUGGUCCCGCCAGCCAUGGCGAACAACUUCGUCGAGUCGGUCAUCUACUCGGUCUACAACUACGGCUCGACGCCGCGUGACGAGUACCUGCUGUUGCGGCUCUUCCGGUUCGCCCUGCAGGAGGAAGUGCGCUCCAAGCUCGAGAAGCCCUCGGACAUACUGCGCGGCAACCCGCUGGUCGUGCGCAUGAUCGUCGGCUUCUUCCGCACCAGAGGGGGCCACAACUGCCUCGAGCUUCUCCUCUCGCCGCUGGUCAGGGGCGUGCUGGAUGACAGGGAGCUCAAGAUCGACCUCGUUCCCGUGGACAUCUACAAGAAGUGGGUGAACGAAAUGGAGACGACGUCGGGCAAGCCUAGCGGCCUCAAGUACGACGUCACCGAGGAGGAGGCCCUGCAGCACAACGAAGUCUACAAGAUGCUGCACACCUCGGUCACCCAGCUGGAGAACAAGUCCAAGCUGUUCGCCCGGACCAUAGCGGAAAGCAAGAGCAAGAUACCCUACGGAAUGCUCUACCUCUGCAAGGUCCUCAAGAAAGCCCUGGAAGCGAAGUUUCCAGAAUCGGCAGGAGAGGAGAUUACAAAGGUGAUCGGCAACAUCCUGUACUAUCGCUACCUCAAUCCGGGCAUCGUGGCACCCGAGUCGUUCGGCGUCGUCAAGCUGGCGCCCGAGUGCCCCGUGACCAACGUCCAGCGUCGAAACUUGGGCAACAUCUCCAAGAUCCUCAGCUCGGCCACGUCGGGGGCGCCGUACCGCCAGAAGCACGCCUACCAGAUCCGCCUCAACAACCUCAUCGACUCCUGCAGGGAAAUCCUACACAGGUUCUUCAUGGAUGCCUGCGAGGUUUCGGAACCGGAGGAGCGCUUCAACGUGGACAGCUACUCCGAGGCCACGUACAUCACGCCGCCGACCAUCACGCUAACGGCGCUCGAGCUGCGGAGUACGCACAGGCUGCUUCUGGAACACGAAGACGACAUAGCGCCGGACCCCAAGGAUCCCAUGCACGGACUCCUGCAAGACCUCGGUCCCGAACCGACGCUCGAAGACCUGGUCGGUGGCGCGUCGUCGCCCGACGCCAUGGACGUCGGGGUUCUCGCGGCGGCCAAGGUCUCCCUGUCCCUGUACGGCAAGUUUUCCGAGGAAGAAGAAGACGUUCCAGAGACCGACCAGCUGCUCAGGGACACCAAGCAUAUGCUCGUCGAAAUGCUUAAGGUGUUCCGGAACGCGAAGACGGUGGACGAGAUGCUGCACGAGGAAGUGGCGCCCGAAGUGGAGCGCGCCUUCCUCGAGGCCCAGACGGCGGUGCGCGUGCCCAAGGUAUCCACGUCGAGCCUGCUGGGGCGCCGCAAGUACGGCUCGCUGUCAGCCUUCCGCAAGGCCCUGCUGCGCAACCUGGACAUUCUGGAAGGCCGCGGCAUCGCCACUGCCCAGGACGACUACCGGGCCCUGAUCAGUGGCAUCGCGACCGACAUCCUGCAGAAGCGCAACCACCGCGUCAACCGCAAGAGGGAACUGGCCAACCUCGCCGAGACGCAGCACAAGCUGGACGUCAAGACUCGCUACUACGAGGAGACGCUGGACUACUACCAGCGCUACGUGGACGCCUGUCUGGCCAACUUAUCCGCGGGCAAGUCCAGGCGACAGUCCUUCGGUCCCGGAGGCGCUGCGCCGUCGGCCGGAGAUGUUCAGCACCUCAAGCCACUGAAGUCCCGGAGCGCCCUCAAGUAUUCAGCUUGGAAACUGCACGAGAAGGGCAUCUUGCUCGAGGUCUCCGGACUGGAGACGAACCAGCUGAAGAACGUCAGUUUCGAGAUCACGCCCACCGAUCGCGCCGGAGUGUUCAGCGUGCGCACGAAGUUCCUCGGCGUCAGCACGGACGAGGUCACCCUCGACAUCCAGGACUUGCUGCGGCAGCAGUACGAGGGGGUGGCCGUCACCAGCCUCUGCGACAGGGCGCGCGUCAACAACAACCUGUUGCUAUUCUUCCUCAACAAGAAAUUCUACGGCAAGUAA